AUGGUUAAUGCGGUAGAAGAGUGUGGACCUCGGGGGCCAAAGCGGAUGGAAGAUGUGUUAACCUCUAAGAGGUUCAUAUUGGAAGCGCUGCACGAAGCGGGUAUGAUUUGCCUUGACAGGGACAAGGGAGGUUCUUGUUUAAUACAUCCAGGGGCAUCACACGACGUGGAGACGUGCUCGAUGGCGGAAGAAUUGCUACAAGGGAUGAUGGAUAAAGGCCUAAUUGAAGUUUGUAGCGUAAGAAAAGGGGAAGGGCAUGUGUACAUGCAGUCGGUUGAUAAGAGCCCGAGCAAACCCAAGCCAUUGGUGAUCCACUGCACUAAGGGCGUUGCCACACAGAAGCCCCAAGGCUUUCAGCCCGUCCCGGUUAAGAAGCCUAUGCCUUUCCCUUACAAAAGUGAUAAGGCGAUGUCAUGGAAGUACACCGCACAAGGGCCUGACGGAAGGAAGGAUACAUCUGUCGUGCAUGUUGAGGAUGAUCUAUCCUCCGCUAAGGUCACAAACAUAUCCGGUACGAGUGGCAUGACUCGUAGCGGGCAAAUCUUCACCGCACCUGAGGUGCGAUCCAAAGACCCAAAGGGGAAAGCAAAGGCGGGCGUGGAAGAGAGUGAUAAGGCGGGCCUGAUUCCAAAUGACGAGGUCCCGGUUGGAAGGUUUUCCAAGGAAGAGGACAACUUCAGCAAAAAGGGAAUAUCCACUGAAGAAGCAACCGAGUUCCUGAGAAUCAUCCAACAGAGCGAGUUCAAGGUGAUUAAACAACUAAAUAAAACCCCAGCUAGGAUCUCUCUGUUGGGACUGCUUAUGAACUUUGAGCCUCAUCGGGCGUUAUUGGUCAAGAUUUUGAGCGAAGCCCACAUAGCACAAGACAUAUCUAUGGAGUGUUUUAGGGGCAUAAUCAACAACAUCACGGCCAACAGAGCCUUGCAUGUAUCCGUCAAAUGUUUAGACCACAUAGUGGCCAAAGUGCUUGUUGACAAUGGCUCUUCCCUCAAUGCCAUGCCCAAGGCUACUUUGGACAAGCUUCCUUUUAAUGCAUCACACAUAAGACCAAGCUCCAUGAUAGUGCAGGCUUUCGACGGCAGUCGUCGGGAUGUAAGGGGGGAGAUAGAUCUCCCGAUUCAAAUUGGACCCCACGUAUGCCAAAUUACCUUUCAAGUAAUGGACAUAAAUCCUGCCUACAACUGCUUAUUAGGUCAGCCUUGGAUUCAUUCGAUUGGGGUGGUCCCGUCAACACUACACCAGAAGUUGAAAUUUGUGGUGGAUGGGCAAUUGAUUAUAGUUUUGGGAGAAGAAGACAUACUCAUGAGUUGUCCUUCUUCUACGCCUUAUGUGGAGGCUGUGGAGGAGUCCUUGGAAACUUCCUUUCAAGCAUUGGAAGUUGUGAGAAAUGCUUACGUGGAGUCUCCCCUGGUAUAG